AUGACAGGUUCCGAAGAAAAAUCGCAGUUGUCUACUCGUCGGAGGAAGUGGGCUCCUAAGCUCAAGUCUGGGUGUAUAACAUGCAAAAUUCGAAGAAUCAAAUGCGAUGAAGAAAAGCCUCAUUGUCGGCGAUGCGUCUCGACAGGUCGGAAAUGUGACGGAUAUCCUGACCCACCUUUUACAGUAGAGGUUUUCGGAUCAUACCACGACAAAAUUGAUUCGUCUCGAGAGCGACUUGUCAAGUGCGAUCUUGCCAGUCCUAGAGGUUCCACUCCUCUGUUUGGAACUCGCCCUUUGGACCAAGUAACAAUACCAUUUACGCAUUUUUCAGAGCGAACUGACGGAUUUCCACUACUGUCUGGACGAAACUCUCUCCUACUACAUCCCCUUGCGGAAUCAUGGAAUGCCCACUUCAUGCCAUUCCUCAUAAAUAAGUUUAGGCUCUCAUUUGAAAUGGCUAAAAGCAUCUACAAUACCGUUCCAGAUGUUAUUUCCAAAGCGGAGGAGGAGUCUGCUCUGUAUAAGGCGUGUAAUGCCGUCGCAUGCGCUUAUAUGGCCACCAUUACCCGGACUUUAAAGGCAACCUCGGAUCGAGCUAAAGCAUACGGAAUUGCGCUUACGGCCAUCCGUUCAGCUAUCCAGGAUCCUGAAAGAUGCAAAAGCGACAAUACAUUAUUAGCCAUAUGGAUGCUAGGACUAUAUGAGCUCGUUUUAGGUGUACGAAAUGGCACUGAACCAGUCGCGACUCCUGGAUGGCAAAUCCACAACCAGGUGUUAUCGGAGCUGAUUCGCCUGCGUGGCUCGGAGCAGUUUACCACCCGGAGCGGGCGGAAUCUUUUUAUCAUUAUGUUUACUAAUGUGGAAACACAAGCACUUAUGUCUGGCCAAGAAUGUAAAGAGGUAUUAACAUGGUUUCUUCAGUUCUAUAAAUACUGCGAGCCAUCAGAAUAUCCAAUGCUCCGGGCAUGUAUUUUCUCGCACCACUGUGCCCGAAUCUGCAGCCGUGUUCGCGCCUUGGUUGAUGCAGGUGACAUCGACAAGGUGCUGUCCAGUUCUCCCUCCAUUCUCCAAGACAUGGAUGAAGUGGAGAAAGCAACCCACCCCUUAUCCCACGAGAAGGCGAUAGCAAGCUAUGUGGUGGAUCCCCCAAUGACGCCGUAUUCCCGGCCGAAGCAUGCAUACCCGUGUUAUGUCGGUGUCCACGUCCUCCAAAGCAACUUCCGCAUGCGCCUCUCAUAUGCAGUCUUGGAAUUUUUGGGCUAUGCGUGUAAGGCCUCAGGCUGUACGCCUCAGCAACACAUACUUUUCAAGCAAUACCACCGUCGCUGUGUCGAGGAGAUCCAGGCUCUUGCGGACAAAACCUCACAUAUGCUGGAUAUGUUGCCUGAUGUGAGAUAUGAUGAGCUCCUCAACCAGAGGAAAGGUGCAGUAGAUGAACUGGAUCGCAAAUAUUCCCACACCGGAGGGUCACCAGACACAAUACAAGCGGCGUUGGAAGAACCCCGCGAGCGAUCCACCCGAGCUGUGAAAAUCUGUAUUGACUUUGAACAGUCAAUAGACGGAAAAUCCACUCUACUAUUCAAUCACUCUCACCGUGGAAUAUCCGUUCUUCGGUUUGGGUUUAGGGAUGAGACAGAAACACACUAG